AACGCCCAGCCAAGGCUCUAGGCAACGUACAAACGAAAAUAUGGAGUGUAUAAUACAAGCAGUGGUUGAAGAGCCCUCAGGAGCUAAUACGGAAUACAUACGCCUCUACGAUGCGCGGAAGCGGCAUCUGGGCAUGCCAGUUAGGAUCAAAUGGACGUUUUCCCAAGGCUUCAGAGCUAUCGCGAGGGCUUUUCUACCAAUAGAGUCUAUAUGGGAUAAUAUGGUUCAGCUGUUUGAGUCAUAUUACUUAGCAGCAGAAAGACCAGCUCUGCUGGAUAUGCAAACAACACUCAACGCGUUGGUACAGUCUAUACUGACAGGACUGAAGUAUACAUACAGACUGUGCAGAUGUACCUCAUCAAGGUACAGGCGCGCUAUCGCAUCAAUAUCGCUAGACAAUGCAACUGAACUGGGCACGAAGAAAAUUGUAUUCAAAUAUGGAUACUUCGGCCAUGGAUUGGAUAUAAAAGUAGGCAUGAAGAGUAAUGGAGUACUUAUCGCAGAAGCACUUGAUCAAGGUAGUAUCAAUGUAUCAUACGAAAAAGUGGUACAUCGGGGGUUACUGCAGCUGACAAGAGCUUACGAAACACCAAUGGAAACAACAUCUCACGCAUUAGGAUUCGAUAAUGGGCAUGCAGAUGCCAAUAGAUUUAUUACCUGUGUCUCCAUGGACCCAAUGCCAUGCUUCGGGAGUACUAUACUGCUAUGUUACUCAACAGGGGAAGCAGAAAUAUGGAAAGAAAGCGUUUCAAUGACAGAGCUUAGGGAGGCGCUUUGCGAAGCUGUGGCACAAUGCAAGUUGCAAGGUUACCCGUUCUAUUGCGCAUUCAGCCCAGCUGGAGAGCUUGCUGUUGUGCUCACAACUGAGAAUAUGUACAUAAUGGAGUGGAAUGGAUCUGCAUUGACAGGUAUUAAACUGGUAAAUGGCACAUCAGCAGAUAUCUGGACAAGGCCUACAUCCAACGUCCUGGCAGCUGAAUGGCUGAAUAUACAUGAAAUACUGAGUCUAACGGAUCAUGGUGAGUUGUGGCUCUCCAGGAGAGGUGAGAUGGGCUACUGGCAAAGAAUCACACAGUAUAUACUCAGGGAGUCCUUACCACAGGAUGUGGGAAUUACCACCUGGAUAAGUAGGAUGCAGUACGAUACCAGGGGGCUGCUCUACCUAAAGAUGUAUGGUACCGACCAACUGCUACAACUGAAGUGGGAUAAAACGCCGUUACCAGAGUUAAUAAGCGUUGAACUGCCACCCAGAGAGAGCGGGACUAGACUUAAAACAAAUGCCCAAAAAAGUGAUAGUGUACCAGUAGCUGAUUUUGCAAUUGAACAGCAUUCGUCAAUCAUGGCAGUGGUCAUCAGUGACAGGUCUAUGGUGUACGUAUACACGUACCCCAACCCAAAGUUCAUGCACGCCGUAGGACCACCGAAACCACACCUCAAAGUAGGAGGAUUGAAGUUUGUAACAGCAGGGAAUAACACUAACCCAAAUGCAUACUUAGCUAUCAAAUGGGUGGAAAUAGGAAUUGAAACAUUCAAGCAAAGGCAUGACUAUGAUAUAGACCAUAGAAUUGAACGGAAACAUGAACAAUGCGCAAGAGUCACUGUAUUGUACGCAAUCAAUACAAUACACACGCCGCAAAAAGAUUGGAGUGAACAGUCACUUGCAGAUAUACUCUCAGAAAGCGAUGUCACAAUGUAUCCCAUCAAACAUAAACAAACAUUCCUAAGAAGACAUGGACUAGGUGUACCGGAACCAGUACCAAGAUUAAGCGUGUUCAGACCCAACUUCCCAGAUAAAAUUCCAGGAGGAACACAAAAUAAUGUCAUGUUCAGAGAUGCUUUCGCACAAAGGAGACAUAUAUUCAACAAACACGCUACAAAUACGGACUUAGGAACUACUGGAAUAUCGCAAAGAAGCCUAGACAAGGAUCUACACCCAGAGACGCCAGUAUACUCAAUGGAAGAGUUCGCCCGCAGGAAAAGAGCGACGUUCUAGUAACAACGCAAUGUCUAAUUGUAAUCUAACCAAUAGUCGC